UUUAAGAAUAUAAAUUAAAAUUUGAGCUUAAAAUUUUCAAUUAAUUUAGCAGUAGCAUAAAUGAAAAUUUUAGUGAUCUAAAAUUUAAAUGGAAAAAAAAAAAAAUCUAAAGUAGAUCUUAUUUGUCCUAAAAAUAAAAAAUAAAAAAAUUACAUUUACUGGAAAAAGUAAAAUUUGGUGGUAAUUUUUCCAAAUAAAUAUCAAGGGUUUCUUGGAGAUUAAUACCAACCGCCAGUUCUUCCCUCUCCGUUAUCCUCCAUUAUAAGUGCCAAGCAGAGUAUACUCACUCUCUUUCUCACACAGUCACACACACACAGAGAGAAAGAGGAGAGAGAGAGAGAGCCAAGAAACAUGAUUGCCUCUUCAUUAUCUCCUAAACCAUCUUCUACCAUUACAAUCCGUGACAAAUUCAGAGACCCUCAAAUGAAGCUCAUCCAACAAAUUGGGUUCAAUCUGAAACCACAACGUGUUGGCUCUUUUCCCACAAGUCUGUCUCUGUGUUCUUCUUCAGCAACAGAUGUUGAUAACCGAGUUUUGUUUCAGAAAUCUGUUGUUCCAUUGGCAGCUUCCAUUGCAAUUCUUCUCUGGUCCAAUCCAGCUAAAGCUGGAUUUCUCUCAGGCUCCACUGGAAUUGAAUCAGUUCCUGGUCCUCAGUUACCUUCAAUUGAGUUUCUCAAUCGAUUUAACGAAGAAAAUCAGAAAAAGUAUGCUGAAGCCGACGCAAGAUUUAAAGAAUCGCCCCUACUUAAGAAACUACUUGAGCAAUCCAAGCUGAAUAAAGAGAAGAACAAGCAAGAAAUUCAAGAUAAGUACUGCAUAAGGGGAGCAGAGUGGGGUGUUGGAGAUUGUUCGACGGAGGGAAUGUCAGAACUAGAGAAAGAGAAGUUCAUUUCCAUGUUGAAGCAGAAGGCUGGAGUACCAGAAGAGAAAGGGGACUUCAUUUCCAUGUUGAAGGAGAAGGCUGGAUUAAAAUGAGCGAAGCAAUCGUGCCCUGCAUGGAAUGCCUGCUUGCAAGAUUACCGGAUCAGGUGAAAUAAUCAUGUUAGGUUACAUUUGACCACUGUUUACACCAUUUUUUUAAGCAGUCCCCCCCCUUGUCACAUGUGAAACAAAUUAGACGUUUAUUAUGUAACAGCAUUGUACUUUUUAGCUAUCGAAUUCACUGGUUUGUGCCA